GCAAACACAACUCCUCCCAAGAAUUUCACUUGGUGCUGUCUUUUCUUCGCCUGUUUUGAUUUUGCUCCACACGCUGCAUCAUCCUCGCACCCCUCGCUUGCUUGCUUGCCCGGACCACGACCACCACCUUGUGACUUGCCACUGCGUGCUUGCCGUUUCAGUGCGGUCACUCGGACACACAAACGGAAGCACGAGGAUGGCUGCAACGACAACGUCGGCAGCAACCACGCUGUCCGAGAUCCUGAACAACAACAACAGCACGGAGGAUGCGUGCGACGGGCUGAUCAUCCCUUAUUUUGGCGAGACCAACUUUGGCUACUUCCUGAUCUACGCCAUCGUCCUGGCAUGGCUCUUCGUCGGCAUCGCCAUCUCCGCAGACUACUUCAUGCAGGCCGUCGAGUACAUCACGUCCUCCAAGAAGCACAUUGUGCGCGGCGAUCAGGUCGUGACCAUCCACAUCUGGAACGCCACGGUCGCCAACCUCACCCUCAUGGCACUGGGCUCCUCCGCGCCAGAGAUCCUGCUGUCCAUCGUGGAGGUGAUUGGCGGCGGCUUUCAGUCGGGCGAGCUCGGGCCAGGCACCAUCGUCGGCUCCGCCGCCUUCAACAUGCUCAUCAUCGUCGCCGUCUGCGUGAACAUCAACAAGACGCGACGCAUCAAGGAGCUCUAUGUGUUCUACUGCACGACCUUCUUCUCCGUCAUUGCGUACGUGUGGCUGUACCUCAUGGUGUCGGUCAUCUCGCCGGACGAGAUUGAGGUCUGGGAGGGCGUCGUCACCGUCCUCUUCUUCCCGCUCCUCGUCGGCAUGGCCUGGAUGUUCGACCAGAAGCUGCGCCCGCAGGACCGCGUGGCAAGCGAGCUGCGCAACCUCAUGCUCCAGCUCUCCACCACCCCGGACAAGCGGCAAGACCUGGCGCGUGCCGAGACACACAUGGAGCAGGAGUGGGUCAACAUGCCCGUUAACCGCGGCGAGCGCCUCAAGUACAGGUACCGCCUGGCCCACGCCUUGGAGCAGGUCAACAGGACAGACCCAAACCUGCCAGCGGAGGAGAAGUAUCUUCGCGCAAAUGCCAUCGUCCACCGCAAGCUGCGCAACGUGGACAAGCUGGACGAGGGCCAGCAGCAGGCCGCCCUAGGCCUUCCUGGCCUGGCACUGGCUGGCGGCGAGGAGGCAGGUGCUGGUCAGGUUGGCUUCUUGGAUUCGCACAUCGCCGUACACAAGUCCUCGGGUAAGGCGACGCUUCGUGUAGGCCGUCGCGUCCCAAGCGGUGAAUCAUAUGACAUCAUGGUCAAAUACAAGACAGUGCCUGGCACGGCGUUUCCGGACAUCCACUAUGUACACAAGGAAGGAGUGGUUAUGCUGCCUGGAUCCGAGAAGGAGAGCGUCAAGUACAUUGACAUUGAACUCUUCCAGGACACCCCAAACAACCGCGACAAGGAGUUUUCAGUGCAGCUUGAGUCUGCGACGGGCGAGCGGAUGAACUGGCUGCAGCGAAGCAUCACCAUCAACGUCCACCAGCGGCCAGAGGCAGACUCUCUCUACGACGCCAUCUACCUCAGGUGGUGUUCCAUCUAUGAGCAGCUCACUGAAGACGAAGAGGCAGACACCCCGUAUCUCGAGCAAAUCAGGUGUUCGCUGCGAGUCGACGGCGGUGGGGACGAUGAUGAUGACGACGACGACGAUGAAGAGGAAGAGGAUGAGGAUGAGCAGGCCGGUGGUGACACCGGUGCGGGCAUGAAGCUGGCGACAUACACGAACGACAGCGACAGCGACGAUGAUGACACGCGCUACAUUCUGCACGAGGACGGCUAUCUUAUCGACGAAACACAGACGACGGACGCCAAGCACUCGUGGGGCGAGCUGGCGCUGUUCUCAGUGAUGGUGCUCUGGAACUUCCCCCUCGCCGUCCUCACCCCACCGGCCAUCCACUUUGGGGGCUGGGCCUGCUUCGGCAUGUCUCUCAUGUACAUUGGGUUCUUCACGGCGCUUGUUGCGGACAUUGCCACCGGUCUCGGCUGCACCGUCGGCCUUGAGGACACGGUGACGGCCAUUUCGUUUGUUGCACUUGGCACGAGUGUUCCGGAUAUCUUCGCGAGCAAAAUCGCUGCGGAGAAGCAGCCGUACGCUGAUGAUGCAGUUGGAAACGUCACGGGCAGCAACGCAGUCAACGUGUUCCUUGGCGUUGGGCUUGCGUGGCUACUGGGUGCAAGCUACCAGUCCGCACAAAACCACAAGUUCAUGGUCCCCGCAGGCGCCCUUGGUUUCAGCGUCGUUGUGUUUUGUGUGUUUGCGGUGCUGUGGUUUGCUGUGAUUUUGGCACGACGCAAGUUCCUUGGCGCAGAGCUUGGCGGCCCGCGCAAGUGGAAGCGCGCAACUGUUGCCCUCUUCGUCGGCAUGUGGAUUCUCUACGUCCUCCUCUCCGCCCUCGUGGCGUAUGGGCACUUGCCCAGUUUCUAG